UUGAUAAACGAUUGUGAUAACAUUAAUUAACGUCUCUAGUUAAUUAUCGUCUAUGUUAAAAUAGGCGGAAAUUAAGUUACGAAAGAGCGGAAAAUAAAGAUGAAGAGUAGAUUCUAAUUAGCUGUAAAUACAACUUUCUCUCGCUCUCUCUCAUAACCAGAAAAUUACCUUUCAUUUUUUUAUCUCAUUUUCUACUCUUUUUUUGUAUUGUUUUUUUUUCUUUCUCAUUUUGACAUAUUGUUCAGUUACUUUUCCCCACUUCCACUAAUCAAAUAACUGGAAACAAACUUGGAUUGUUAAUCAACAACAACAAUUUUCCUGUGACCCUUUGUUUACGUCUACAAACUAAUUUGUUGAGCGUAAAAGAAAUUAGCUGAUUUUUUAUUCAAUAAUUGGAACAAGGUCUUUACUUUGUUACUUGUGUUCGUAUUUGGUUUUCGUUUUCACUUUUCUUUCUUACAUGUUCACCUGUUCUAUAUAUUAAUAUAUUAAUUUCGAAUUAAUUUAAACGCCUGUGUUACGUGUCUAUUUGUAUAAUUAUGGAAAUCGAAUCUACAUCAUUAAUCCAUCGAGAUGGAGCUAAAAUACCUCGCUACUGGUGGGCUGCUAUUGGUACUUAUAUGGGAUCGAUGGGAAUUGGAACUGCGAUCGCUUAUUCGUCGACAGCAUUACCUGGAAUGAAACAACCUUCUAGUCAAUUACUUCUCACAUCGACUUCUCUCCAAUCCUGGUUUGCCUCUAUUCUUGCUUUAUCCGCUCUUUUUGGUGGGAUAUUUGCUGGUCAAAGUAUCGAGAAAUUUGGCCGACGUUUAACAUUAAUGUUAAUCAGUGUUCCCUUUAUUGCUGGUUGGCUUUUAAUUGCUUAUUCUACUCGAGUUGAUGUUUUGUUAGCUGGUCGAGUAUUAACUGGAUUCGCCUCUGGUUGUUGUACUUUAGCUUGUAACAUUUAUAUAAGUGAAAUUGUACCAACAUCUCGUCGAGGUUUAAUUGGAUCUGGUUUUCAACUUUUCGUCGCCGUUGGUAUUGUAAUUAGUUAUAUUGUUGGUAAUUAUGUUAGCUGGCCUUGGCACGCGGUAAUUGCGACAAUUUAUCCAUUAGGUAUGCUCGCUAUUAUUGGUGCUCUUCACGAAACACCAACCUGGCUUUCAAAUAAUGGACGUCACGAUGCUGCUAUCGCUUCAUAUGUAUUUUUCCGUUCAACUCAUCCCGAAUCUGCUCCAAUCAUAAUGAAAGACGAAUCGACACAAUCAGAUGGUUGUUUAAACACAUUCUCCAGUUAUAAAAAUCCAUCAAUUUACAAACCUUUUCUCCUUUGUAUGUUUCUCAUGUUUGCCCAACAAUUUUCGGGUAUUAACGCUGUCACUUUCUAUACUGUGGACAUUUUUCACUCCUCUGGAUCAACUAUCGACGACAAUUUAGCAACCAUACUAAUUGGAUUAAUUCAAACAGUUGCCACACUUAUUGGUUGUAUUUUGACUGAUCGAUUGGGUCGACGGAUUUUACUUUUCAUUUCCGGUAUCAUCAUGGGUCUGGCCUUGUUCAUCUUAACCCUUUACUAUUAUUUGUCAUCAUCUCAAGGUACUUCUUUCAGUCAAUCGUUUGGUUGGAUGCCACUGGUCGCUCUUGCCAUUUAUACCUCCGCCUUUGCUCUGGGCUAUGGGCCACUUCCUUGGUUACUAAUGAGCGAAUUGCUCCCCAAUCAAGUCAAAGGGUCGGCCUCGGGGAUCGCUACCGCUUUCAACUGGUUCUGUUGUUUCAUUGUGGCCAAAGAGUUUGUCCCAUUCGAAGAUCUAGUCGGCAAAGCGGGUACUUUCGGUACAUUCGGUGCAAUAUGUAUAUUUAGUGCUUUUAUUCUUGGAUGGAAAUUACCGGAAACAAAAGGAAAAUCACUUGAGGAAAUUCAAAGAAUUUUUUCCUCGUCAUAUGAGCCAAAGAUCUAGAACAAAAAUAGAUCACAAUUAACUUUCCUUUCCAUUUUUACAUCUUCACAAUUAUGUAAAAUCAACAAUAUGACCAAUCAAAUUAUUUGUUACUCAUUCGGCAACCGAAAAGUGAAAAAAUAUUGAUGAAAACUGUUAAUUCUUGAUUGUUUAUUAACAAUUUAACGAAUUCAGUUUAAAAAUCUCAUCGAUAACUACAAAAUGCUUAAUUUCCUCUCGUGAUUAUUGUUAAUAUUCAUCUGAAUCAAAUUAAUUCCUAUCACACUCUCCAUGAAAUACUCAUCAACGAGAUUUACUCAAUAUCAAGUUUCCAUUGAUCAUAAUGUAUUGAUAGUGAGUGUUUUUCAUCAAUUAGAAAUAUUUUCUCUAAUUGUAAUCAUCAAAUCAAAUCUAAUUGGAAAAAACAAGAAAAAAAUUCUCAAACAAUCAACCAUCAAACGCCAACAAUAUAAAAACCAUAUUGUGAACAUUGAUUUAAUUACCUCACGAUAAUGAAGGGGUUUCUCAUCUAAUUAUCUCUAAUUGUGCUGCAAAUCAAUUUAAUCACUAAUUGUAACAUUUUGAUUGCUGAAUUUUUCACUUCAUCAGUAUUUUGUUUUCUCUGCAAUUUGUGUAAAACUUUGCUCUAUAUAUUUUUUAAAUGUAUUAAUUGUAACAAUUAACUCCAACAACAACAACAAAAAAAUGGUGAAAAUCCAAUUAACUCAGUUGAAAAAAAAAUCUCAAUGAACAAAUUUAAUUGUAAUUGAUUGCCAAUGUAAAUAAUUAACGAUUAACGUCAUUCGGAAUCACAAUUGAAAGAUCAUCGAAAUAACUAAAUUUGGUGUUAAUCACAAUUAACGGUACCCACAAAUUAGAUUAACAGUUUCACCCAUUUAAUUAUCAAUUCUGAUGACAACAAAA